UUGCUGGCUACACGCUGCUGGAAGAAUGUACCUAAAUAACACAGCACAGCUGGACUGACCAGACACCCUGAUACCUAUGUGAUAUUAGGUAGCGUAUUUCAUAUUUGGAAUGUCUCGACAGCAGCAAGCCGUUGAGCAAGCCAGAAAGGCCUUCCAAACUGGGAGGUCUAAAGAGCUGGCAUACAGAAUAAACCAGCUUAAGAACCUCCGCAGGCUCCUCUCAGAGAAGCAAGCAGACAUUGUUGAUGCUCUUAAGAAUGAUCUGUAUAAGAGUGAAAAUGGAACACAGUUGUAUGAGAUGAUUGGGCUGGAGGGGGAGAUAAACCUGGCCGUGGACCGGCUGGCGGAGUGGGCGGCUCCUCGGCCCGUGGAGAAGAACCUCCUCACCAUCGCUGACGAGGUGUUCAUCCAGCCCGAGCCUCUCGGUGUGGUGCUCAUCAUCGGAGCGUGGAACUACCCCUGGGCAGUCACUCUUCAACCCCUCAUUGGUGCCAUUGCAGCAGGCAAUGCCGCUGUUGUGAAGCCAUCAGAAGUGAGCGCUCACACAGCCAAAGUCAUGGAGGAGCUUCUCCCCCUCUAUCUGGACAAGGAAAUGUACCCAGUGGUGACGGGGGGCGUCCCUGAGACCCAGGAGCUGCUGCUGCAGCGCUUUGACCACGUCUUCUACACGGGGAACAGCACUGUGGGGAAACUGGUGAUGGAGGCGGCUGCUCGCCACCUCACCCCCGUCACUCUGGAGCUGGGAGGGAAGAGCCCUUGUUACAUCGACAAAGACUGCGACCUCAGCAUUGCCUGUCGCCGCAUCACCUGGGGAAAGUAUGUAAACUGUGGCCAGACCUGUAUUGCUCCUGACUACAUCCUCUGUGAACCCAGCAUCCAGGAUCGUGUGAUUGACGAGAUCACUAAAUGCAUUAAGGAAUUUUACACGGACGACCCCAAAACUUGCACGGACUACGGACGCAUCAUCAAUCAGCGCCACUUCAAGAGGCUGAUGGCCCUGAUGGAAGGGAGCUCCGUGGCAGUCGGAGGAGACACUGAUGAAUCCCAGUGCUACAUCGCGCCCACUGUUCUGAAAGGGGUGAUGGCGAACUCCAAGGUGAUGCAGGAGGAGAUCUUCGGGCCUCUGCUUCCCAUCAUUACGGUCGAUGGAAUGGAGGAGGCCAUCUCCUUCAUCAACCAGAGGGAGAAGCCUCUGGCUCUCUAUGUCUUCUCCUCGAACAACAAGGUGAUUAGACAGAUGAUUUCAGAGACAUCUAGCGGGGCAUUGCUGGCCAAUGACUGUCUUGUGCACUACACCAUCAGUGACUUACCCUUUGGGGGUGUCGGCAACAGUGGCAUGGGAUGCUACCAUGGCAAAUACACUUUUGAUCAGCUGAGCCAUCUUCGUAGCUGUCUUAUUAAGAAACUCAACAUGGAGGGGGUGAACCAGAUGCGCUACCCACCACAUACCACUAAAAAACUGCAGUGGGCCCGGUUGUUUCUCCUUAAGCAGGUGAACCUGGGCCGGCUGCGAAAGGUGGCUAAGGUGGCUAUGCUUGCAGUCUUGGCAGCGUUUAUAGUCCAGAGGUUUUUAAGAUAAUGCCUCAGAAAUGUGGUCACUGAUCGAAGUUCCCUUGGUGGGAGUGUCAGCAUGUCCUUGGAAAGAGUAGCAGUAAGUUAUUGUCACAAAGAGAAGAAGAGAGAGCAGACGCCACACAUGCACUCAAACCUGGGGCAUACGGCAUUACAAUCCUGCACCCUCACAACAAUGGCAAAAGAGCCAGGCACAUUGGUAUGGCAGUCAGAGAACAAACUGAACUAUAGUGACUGUACUCCGUCCCAGUAAUAUAUGUGUAUAUAUAUAUUUAUCUGUGUUGUUUUAGUUUAAACAUUUCUAGGAGUCAAAUUGACUACAUUGCACAUUCAUGAAUGAUAAUUUGUUUUUGCUCCACUUUUAAUUACAAUGUGAAUUAAGUUUUGUUCAUUUUUGGUCAAAUCAUUUCACAUCAUCCACUUAAAUAUUUCUUCCUACAAACAGAAUUGUGUUUUUUUGUUUCGAGGAUUAAGAUCCAUUGAAAGCACAAUUAAUUAAAAUAAACCCGUCUGAUUGAAUGAA